AUUAAUAGAGUAACGAAGGAAAUAAGGAAGGACUCGCUUUCCGUUAAGAACCGGCUUCAAUCGAUCCUUUACGACUCCAAGUACAUUGCAUCACUAGAACUUGAAGAUGUUCCAUUGAUACCUAAUGAAAGAUGUGGGUUGUGGUAUGUCAGACCAGCCGCAAGGGCCGGAUCAUCGUAUUUCAAGUCCACGGAUGGACACACGAAUAAUUGGAAUUUUUCAUUUAGGAGGUUAAACUUACAUUUGUUGACUAUCUUGUCGCAAUCACCAACAAAGAAGAUUGCCAUCAUCGACUCUACCAGAAAGGGGAAACUCAUGCCUGAUGCGUUACUGAAAACCAUACCUAUAUGGUGUGCGGUAUUGACUUGUCUCUUGUACGAAGGUAUUAGUGAGAAUGAGAACAAUUGGUUGAGAACUCCCGAGGAAAUGGUAAGUAGAAAUGAGCAUAAUGAAAUUGUGAAACGGAUACCAGGGUUCCUUAAGGAAUUGAAAAGCUUGAAAUUAGUGACCCAAGAGCAGUUGAUUAAUAAGUUGGGUUCUCAGAAACCAAUUAUACCUAGUUGGAAGUAUCCCAAGAAUACAGAAGAACCAUUUUACUUUGGACAAAGUGCCAACGGGCAUUUCAUAAUUGAGUGUAUAACUGCAUCUAAGAAGACUGGGAACUCUGGAUCAAACGUAAUGGUAAGACGUAAUGAUAAAGUCACUAGUUGGUUUUAUGUACAAGGAGCUGCAGAUGACCAUGAGCUAUGGGUUCCAAAAGAUAUGACCCAUUUGGAUGCCAAUGGGUUCUGGGAAAUGCUUACCGAUGGGAUCAUCGAUAAGGAUACUGGAUACAUAUACGAUUGGAUGAACGACCAAGAGGUGAUCAGCCGAAUGAAAACAAUUGAAACCGCAACGAUCGAAGAAGACUUGGACGUUCAUUUAGUCAAAAAUGAAUACAAUAAUACCGGGAUUUAUUUUGGCAAAAUUGCAAAAAAUAUCAGUGUCGAGACAUUGCAACCAUACAAGGUUUCGCAAUUAGUAAUUAUGAGCGAGCAUUAUCAAAUGAACGGAGAAUCAUCAAGAAUCAAGUACCAAUACUUUAAAAUUGAAUCUUCUAAGAAAGGAUCCAAGAAAUUAAGAGACGUCAUACCCAAAGUGCUAAGUAACCUUGACUUAGACCAACCAGUGAUGAUUUUGUGUGAUUCAGGUAAAGACAUUUGUGUUGGCUUAUUAUUAGUUAUACUAAGUAUUAAUUAUAACACAAAUUGGACAACACCAAAAUCCGAAUCGAAUCAUAUUAAUAAAGAUGCCAUCAAGCAGCAUCUAGUUCAAAUUAACGAGAUCCACCAGGUGAACCCCAGUCGUAAUACCUUGCAAAGUGUCAAUAGUUUUGUUAUG